UCGCAUCUUGCCUCGCAUCUUGCCUCGCAUCUUGCCUCGCAUCUCUGCAUGCAACUCCCUCCCCCCAUCGACAGCCAUGGACAUCCAAGCAAGCACGAACCAGCACAGUCCCGCUGCGGUGAUCCCGCCCAGCCCGAGAUGGCUGCCGCCUGGUCCUGGCAGCGCUCCAUUGCCGUCGUCGUCGUCGUCGCCAUCGUCGAUGGCACCGCUGCCCCCACGCAAACUCGAUGUCCAACUCGAGGACGACAUCCACAGCUUCAUCCGAACCUGUCCGCGGCUCUGUGCCAGAGCAAAGGAAAUCGGCUCGAUCGCCUUUGAGAACGCCAUUCCGCCUGCCCUGGACUACCACCGUCGUCCCCGAACUAGAAGCAGCAGCAGCAUCAGCGGUGGUGGUGCUCUUGGUGGCAUUGGCGGAAACAGCUCCACCAACGGCAGCCACAACAUCAACAGCGCCAACACCGGCUGGAUGAAAUCAGAGUCGAGCAACUCACUCCUGUCAAGCCACCCGGACCGAUACGACUCCCGGAACAUCUUUGGCCUCGAUCAGUGGCAGAGCGAUCUGGGAAUCGAGGAAACACAUGGCUUGCUACUUGACAUCUGCAGCCAAAAGUACAGCGAAGACUAUCACUCGCUAAGACGCCGACAGAACGCCGACUGGGCUUGCCAAGUCGUGGACGAAGGCCGGCAACUCCUGAGCACCGACUGGAAGCAGGCUCUUUCAAAGUUCGAGCACGCACUCGAGAUUGACCAGGACUGUGUCGAGGCGCUUGUGGCCCGCGGCAUCGAGCUCGUCAAACAACGCCAGCUCGACUCGGCCGCCCAGGACUUCAAGGCGGCCCUGCGGAUCGACAAGCAGCAUCCUCAGGCGCGACUGGAAUACGACAGAGUCAAGAAUAUGCUCCGCGAGAUUGAGUUGGAGCAGGAUGCCGCUGCAAAGGGCGAGUUUCUGAUGUCUGCGUCCUUUGCGCCGGGGCCCAAAUCCAACAACCCAAACCCCUCCCUGACGACACUCAUACCCCCAAACGCCGACACCAAAUCCCGGCUCUCGCGGAACUCGAUGCCCGCUCCAGACUCGCCCGAGGAGCGGCCGUCCCGAUCCAAGAAGGAAAAGAAACACUCGUCCGACAAGAAGAAGAAAAAGGACAAGGACAAGGACAAGGACAAGGACAAGAGCAGGCGCAAGAAGAAGAAGAGCUACAGCUCCGAGAGCAGCGACAGCUACGGCUCCGAUGGCUCGUCCGUCCACCGGGACAAGUCGAGCCACCGAUCGCACAAGAAGCGACGGAAUAAAUCGCUUGAGCGCUGAGAACCGAUGACAGCAAUUCGGCACUGAAUGGCUCUUGCGUCUCACGAA